AUGCAGUCCACGGCGAGGUUCGUGGCGGCCCCCGCGGCGCGGCCUGCGGUGCGGCCUCGUGCUGCUUGCGUCGCGCAGGCGUCGAAGGCCGCGGAGUUCCGCAGCCUGUCGGUCGAGGCGAUCGACGAGAAGGUCGACGGCCUCAAGCGGGAGCUGUUCGACAUGCGGAUGAAGCAGGCGACCCGGCAGGAGGUGAAGUCGCACGAGUUCAAGCUGAAGAAGAAGGAGGUGGCUCGUCUGCUCACCGUGCGCCGUGAGAAGACGCUGGAGCAGGGGCUGGACCGCCGGACCGCGAACAAGCUGGAGAAGAACGCCCUGCUCAAGGAGGGCGCCCUGGUGCGGUGA